AUGGCAGCUCUGGCAGGAAAUAAGCCGAACAGUAAAAGAGCCAAAAAGUCCCCAUCCACGCUUCCAGCAGACUACUCUGAUGUCCUCAGCCAAAUCGCAACCUUACGGUCCCUAGCCGCCACCCCCGACUUACAAAAUAGAGGUUAUAUUCGACAAAAGCAGGCUGGAAAGCUAUGGGUCCGCGAGCGCAUCGACCAGCUCCUUGACCCGGGAACGUUUCGUGAAGAAGGAUCCAUCAGUGGCACAGUGAAAUGGAAGCAAACCGGCCCGUUGGCAGAGACACCUGUGGCAUUUACUCCCACUAACAACCUGCAGGGUCUGGAUCAACUGCGGGGCCGGACCAUAGUGCUCACGGCCGACAAUUUCAGCAUCCGCGGAGGACAUGCGGAUGGCGCUAUAGCUGAGAAGACCAUGUAUAUGGAGAAGAUGGCCGUUGCGAUGAAAUUGCCGAUUAUAAAAUUAGUUGGAUGGGAGUUCAGGCUGCGGGAGCGUGACGGCGAUCAGAAAGUAGGGAUGGUCAUCGGACUGGGGGCUGCAAGAGUCGUUUCCUGUCACUUUUCGGUCAUGGCUGCAGACGUCGGCGCUCUGUUCAACGCCGGCCCAAAGGUCGUUGAAGGCGCCACGUUCGAGGAGGGUCUCGAUUUCCAAGACCUGGGCGGUCCGAUGAUGCAUUGCACAAACGGAACAAUAGAUAACCUCGCCGCAAACGAGGCAGAAUGCUUUGAGCAACUGAGAACUGUUCUUGGAUACUUGCCCAAUUCUGGCAGCGAGGCACCACCUACAGUUCCGUGCAACGACCCAGAAGACAGAGAGGAUAUUGGGCUUCGAACAAUCAUACCAAGGAAGCAAACGAGAAUGUAUAAUCCCCGAACCAUCAUAACAUCUGUUGUUGAUAGAGGAUCUUGGUUCGAGAUCGGAGCAUUAUGGGGGACGACUAGCAUCACUGGCUUUGCGAGGCUGGGAGGUCGUCCCAUAGGAAUUGAAUCUUCAAAUUGUGAGGUAAAAAGCGGCGCGUUGGAUGUAGCCGGAAGCCAGAAAUUGACGAGUUUUUUGAAGCUGUGUGACGUGAUGAACCUCCCGCUUGUUCAAUUCGUCGACGUCCCCGGAUAUGCUAUUGGGACUGUAGCUGAAAGGACUGCGACAAUGCGCUGGGGUGUAGAGCUUGGCAAAACCUACUUUUCCACAACAAUGCCAAUUUUCAGUGUCAUUACAAGGCGAGUAUUUGGCGUUGCUGGUGGUAUUAUGGUUGGAUGUCGAGAUCCCGCGAUGCAAUGUGCCUGGCCUUCCGGGCAAUGGGGAUCGCUGCCCUUGGACGGCGGAAUCGAAGUUGGCCACCGGCAUGAACUGCGAGAGGCAGAGAAGGCCGGAAGAAAGGCAGAACGAUACAAGGAGCUAGAGGAGGAGUAUCUUCGCCUCAUGAACCCCGUUAGGACGGCGAAUGCGUUUGGGGUAGAAGAGAUUAUCGACCCCAAAGAUACACGUUCGAUCUGCUGUGCGUGGAUUAAACGUGUAUAUGACGCCAUCAUUCCCGAGAGGUUAUCAGAUCGGACAAAUGGGAGGAUUCAGCCCAGUUUCUUUUAA